AUGAGCUCCAUGGAGGCAGACUCCUCUACAAAUGUGACCUUUGUUCGUCCUGCUACAUUUUUUAUCAGUGACUUUUCAAAUAUCCCACAUGCAAAAUACUACUAUGUGUUCUUGUCUUUAGUGUAUGUUGUGACUGUUUUAGGGAAUUCAUUUAUCAUGUGUAUCAUUUAUUUGGCCCGCAGGCUUCACACAGCCAAAUACAUUGCUGUUUUUCAUCUGGCCCUUUCUGAUCUGUGUGGAAGCUCGGCUUUGAUUCCAAAAAUCAUAGACAUGUUUUUAUUUGAUCAUCAAGACAUUUCUUAUGAAGCGUGUUUAACAAAUAUGUUUUUUGUAUAUCAUUUCAUGAAUCUGCAGUCUUUGACACUACUCGCUUUGGCUUAUGACAGACUGGUUGCUAUUUGUUUUCCUCUACAGUAUCAUGCCAUUGUAACCAAACCAGCCAUGUUUCUGAUCAUAGGGGUGAUGUGGAUUGUGUCUGUGACAUUUUUUUCUGUACUUGUAGGUUUCGUGAAUAGAAUGUCUUUUUGUAGGUCUAAUGUACUUAAUAGUUAUUUUUGUGAUUAUGCCCCAAUCUGUAGACUAGCCUGUAAUGAUAUUUCCAUAAAUAUUUUGAUGGGUAAAAUUUCCUACGGUCUCCUGAUUUGCACACCACUAAUACUGAUAAUCAUCACAUAUUUCUGCAUUGCUCUGGCUCUGCUCAAGAUUGCUCAUGGUGCUGACCGGAUCAAGGCCAUAAAAACCUGCACUUCACAUCUCAUAUUGGUGGCAAUUUUUUAUCUCCCAGUUUUAUGCAAUGUCCUUGCAUCUGCAACAACACCUUUGCAUCCAAAUGCCCAGAUAAUUAACAAUUCCCUGACACAGACAAUACCACCUAUGCUGAAUCCCAUCAUAUACACUCUAAAGACAGAGGAGGUCAUGCAAUCCAUAAAAGAACUGUACAAACGCAGCAGGAUGAAUACAACGAGAGAAAUAAAAAUGAAAUGCAAUAUGUGA